AUGUCUCAAACAGAAACGAUUUCUCAGUCCGAAAAGCGGACCGUCACUCUACACAACGGGACAGUGUUCAGCUUCAACUCGAACGUCUCUACAAACCUUGAGAAGAUCCCCGUUAUCGACGCUGCGGGCAUAUGGAGUGACGAUAUUGUGGAUCGUAAAGCCGUUGCCCAGGAGAUCAGAGAAGCCUCGAGGGACAUUGGGUUCUUUUACUUGAUCAACCAUGGAAUCGACCAAAGAUUCGCGGAUGAGACUAUGGAGCAGGCAAGGCGCUUCUUUGCCUUGCCUGAAGAGAAGAAGAUGGAGGUCUUCACCGGUCUCGUGCCGAACGAGUACGUCGGUUUUCAUCCCAUGGAGUGCUACAACCGAAACGGGUGGAAGCACCAAGAUCUAAGCGAGGCCUUCAACUGGGCCUACGACGCCCGAGAAGACCCGGAGGCAGUUGACAAGACUGAAAAGUCAGUCAGCAUCUGGCCAUCCGACGUGCCCGGGUUCCGCGAAAACCUCUAUGCCUAUCAUACCGAGCUGCUUCGUCUGUCUCGUCGCCUGACUCGCAUCUUUGCGCUCGCUCUGCACUUGCCUGAGGAUUAUUUCGACGAGUACAUCAAGCGGCCAGAGGCAGGCAUGCGCAUCUUGCACUACCCCGAGCAGAAGCACUCAGUGGACGAUCAAAACGGCAUCGGCGCACACACUGAUGUCGAGUGCUUCACCAUUGUCACCCAAGAUACCUCAGGGGGCUUGGAGGUGCUUAGCAAAACUGGGAACUGGGUGAAGGCAGAGCCUAUCCCUGGCUCGUUUGUCGUCAACAUUGCCGACUGCUUCAUGAGGCAGACGAAUGACUUAUUCGUGUCGACAAUCCAUCGCGUCAUCAAUAAGAGCGGUAGAGAGAGGUAUUCGGCCCCGUUCUUCUUUGGUUUCGACAGGCAAAAGGUUUUAGAGCCUGUGCCGACUUGUAUCAGCGACGAGUAUCCGAUGAAGUAUCCGAUCAUGACUGGUGGGGAGUAUUACGCCUUCAGAACGAACAAGCAAAAGUCGACAAAUACUAGGAACUCCAAGAUAGAUCAGAAGUGA